AUGAGUUGUGCGGGCACUUAUGGAAUCGUUCGCGAAGCCGACUCCGCCAAGGGCAAAGUCGCCGUCAAGAUCAUCUUGAAGAAGAAUGUCCGAGGCAAUGAGCAGAUGGUCUAUGACGAACUCGAGAUGUUGCAGAAGCUGAACCACCCCAACAUCGUCAAGUUCAUUGACUGGUUUGAGUCGAGGGACAAAUAUUACAUUGUCACCCAGCUGGCCACCGGUGGAGAGCUCUUUGACCGGAUCUGCGAGUACGGCAAAUUCACGGAGAAGGAUGCCUCUCAGACGAUUCGGCAAGUGCUCGGUGCCGUCCACUACCUCCAUGAACGGAACAUUGUCCACCGAGACCUCAAGCCCGAGAAUCUUCUUUACCUGACCUCGGAACCCAAUUCCCCCCUAGUCUUGGCCGACUUUGGUAUCGCGAAGAUGCUGGAAAGUCCCUCCGACGUGCUCACCUCUAUGGCGGGCUCUUUUGGCUACGCCGCGCCUGAGGUCAUGCUCAAGAAAGGCCAUGGCAAGGCGGUCGACAUGUGGUCCAUGGGCGUUAUCACCUAUACCCUGCUCUGUGGUUAUUCGCCCUUCCGAUCGGAAAAUCUCCCGGACCUGAUCGAAGAGUGCCAGCAGGGACGAAUUGUCUUUCACGAGCGCUAUUGGCGGGAUGUGUCCAAGGACGCGAAGGACUUUAUCCUGACCCUUCUGGAGCCCGACCCAGCCAAGCGCGCUACCUCGGAGGAGGCUCUCAAACAUCCGUGGCUGAAGGGAGAAUCGGCCACUGACCACAACCUGCUACCUGAAAUCAGGGCCUACAUGGCGAAAGCCAGGCUGCGCCGUGGUAUCGAGAUCAUCAAGCUGAAAAAUCGUAUCGAGGCACUCAAAAUGCAGGAGGAUGAAGAGGAGGAUAUUCCCAGCACAGCGGACAUUAAGGCAGAAGAUGCUGCAGCGAAAGCCGCUCCCGAGUCGGGUACCACCCCAUUCCCCUCUGUGCCAGGGGCGAACACCGAUGCCAGCGCAUCGUCCGAUGCGCCGUCAGGCGGUACGAAGAAGCGGAGCUUGAGCAAGGCGGCACGUAGUGCCAUCUUCCGCGAAGUGGUCC